UGAAAAGGUAAAAUUCAGCCACGAAUGCCAUUGUAAUUUUUUUCCUCUUCUUUAUCAGGUUACCUUGGCUACACCAGUGGAUUCUCUCUGAGCUGUAUGGUGUUUUUUCUCACUGCUGUCAUCUAUAAGAAGUUUCAGAUCCCCUGUCCAUUUGAGGAGUUCUCCAUAAACAGCACCUCCACUCACCACGUUGUAAAUGUCUCAAGCCAUGCCCACGACUACAUCAAUGGGGCUGUCCCUGCAGAGGACGAUAGCCACUGUACUCCACAAAUGUUCACCAUGAACUCGCAGACUGCCUACACCAUCCCUAUCUUGGCCUUUGCUUUUGUUUGCCACCCAGAGGUCUUGCCCAUCUACACUGAGCUGCGCAACCCAACAAAGAAGAAAAUGCAGAAAGUGUCCAACAUUUCCAUCCUUGUCAUGUACACAAUGUACUUCCUGGCUGCUCUGUUUGGCUACCUGACCUUUUAUGGCAACGUGGAGCCCGAGCUGCUGCACACGUACAGCCGUAUUGACCCCUAUGACACGUUGAUCCUGUGUGUACGAGUGGCUGUCCUCACCGCAGUUACUCUCACUGUCCCCAUUGUGCUGUUCCCUGUGCGCAGAGCCAUUCAGCAGAUGAUGUUCCCCACUAAGUCCUUUAACUGGAUCCGCCACACCGCCAUCGCUGUGAUCCUGCUCUCGCUCAUCAACAUGCUUGUCAUCUUUGCACCCAACAUCCUGGGCAUUUUCGGAGUCAUUGGUGCCACUUCUGCCCCCUGUCUGAUUUUCAUCUUCCCUGCUGUGUUCUACAUCCGUAUCGUGCCAAAAGACAAAGAACCAAUGACCUCAGUCCCAAAGAUACUGGCUUUGUGUUUUGCUGCUCUGGGUGUGUCUUUCAUGGUGAUGAGUUUGAGUUUCAUUAUUAUCGACUGGACAACAGGGACCAGUCGUGCUGCUGGAGGACACUAACCUCAGCUUCUCUUUUACUACUACAACUACCACCACUACUACUACAACUACUGCUCCUACUACAGUAACACACAUAUGAGAACAAACAGGUAUCACAACAGUAGUACUAUGAUAUCAAGGGGAUCUUAAGCACAGUUUAAAUUUGACACUAAAUACAUCAGACUGUUUCUGGAUGUAUCACACAUAUCAAAAUUGAUUUAUUACAGAUUUUUAUCUAAUUUAAAUUCUUUGUGAUCAUUAUAAAAUUAAUCAAGAGAACAGGGUCUAAAGGUGUAUGUCACUGAGGUGAUAUGACCUUUUCUACUUUUUGUUCACAUAAAUAACUGCAGCUGGUACUGUACAAACACAAUAUUCACUUUAUACGCAACAGAGACAUGAGCAUACUGUAUAUUUACCAAAUAUUUUUAUCAUGACGCACAAAUGGAGAAUAGCCUUCAAAAGCCUUUGUUUUGAAAUGCUCUUGAAUCCAUCCAAAUGCAUUUUGACAUAAACUUGUACUUAUAGAAACACUGGUGCCUUUUCAAAAUAAGACACAGACAUAUAUUAAAGACAGAAACUUAUUUAUUCAGAAACUACAUCUGGUUUUAAUCACAAAUAAACUUUAUUUAACUCUGCUCCUGAUGAAGUUUCACUACAUAAAAUAUAUUUUACUUAGACAUUACAGGACAGUAUUUUAGGCUUUAUCUCUCUUUCUGGGUUGAAGGUCCAGUUUGUAAUUUAUCUAGUGAGAAUUAUGCCACCUGUUGUAUCCAUGUUUUUUUUUGUCUUGAAUGUUCCACAAUAUAGCAUUUACAUCACAUUUAUUUAAAUAUGGGUGUUUUAUGGCCUAAAAAUGCAUUGGAAAAAACAUGCAUUCUUACUUUGAGGGGGGUCACCUCUCCUUAGAUCUGACCUGUAAUUUGUCCUGAUUGUGUCACCUAUUUGACUCCAUGUAGACUGUAAAGUUUAAUGCCAUACUGUGGAACAUCUCCAUAGAGACAAGUGCGGACUCUCCACCAGAAAAGUUACAUAGUUCCCCUUUAAAUAUGAAUAUUGUGGAAAAGUAAAAUUAUUUCUUUAAAGGUGUUGUGUAUUUAUUUUCUGCUUAUAGAUUAGGCGCACAUUCUCAACACUAACCUUUUUCCUAUUUUUUUUAAAUUAACAUAACAAAUAAUACUUUUUUUACUUUGUGUUCACCAAUCAUGCAUUUCUAUAAAAAUAAUUUUACCUUUUCACAAUAUGAUAAUCUUUGUGACUGCCAUUAUGACCUCACUGUAAACACAGUGCAAACCCUCACCAAAUAUGUAUUUUUUUCAUAGCAAAUCAAAGGUUUGACUUUUUCUUGUAAAAUAGUGCAUUUGUUGUAUUUACUUCUUUUACGUUUGUGUAUGUCAUUAGAAAGAUCCACAAUGAUGCUGUUAAUUUUAGCUUUAAUUGUGGUAGCUUGUUAGGCUGAUCAUAAUGAUUUAGAAAAACAAACCCGCUGGUGGGUGUGGUCUCAUUUAUGAAGAUAACUGGGGUGGUCUGGAGUACAGUAUUUGAGUGUUAUUGCUUGUGUCCUGUAUCUAGUCCUGGUUUUACCUUUUUUGCAUGCUGCUUGCCCAGUCUGAAGUCUGUUAACUGAACCACACUCAAAUGCACUCAUUCGUUAAUAUGCAGAUGUAGUUACAGCAAAGAUGAAAAUUAUGCUUUCCUCUGUUGACAGUUGUAUUGCAUUAGUUUUGAAGUCUUCAUCCAUGUUCUAUGUUGUGAUAUUAUUUUGUCACGUUUUUAUUGUUAUUGCGCAUAUGUACAAAGAAUACUUCCUAUAAACCAAAAAUGUUAAACGGAGGGUGAGAAUUUAAGUGGAACAAGUGUUUGGUCAGACAACAUGUUUCUAUUUGAUUUGGAUAACAAGCCCAAUGUUUAAAAUCUGUAAAAUCACAGUGGGAUCAAUUUGUUGUGAUGAAAAAAAAAAACUGUGCCAAAAGGUUAUGCUAGUACAAUGUCGCUCUAUUCAUUCAAAAAAAAAGUUCAACCUGUUGUUAGCUCUCUAGUUAGGUGUGUGCCACCUGCUUGUUGCUUGCUUUGGCUGAAAUGCUCCACAGUAUGGCAUUAAACAUGUGUAUCCUGCCUUUAUUCACUUAUACUUAUUGUUAAAAGGUACUUGACCUGAUGAUGUCAUGUGAUGUGUGUAUCCAUGGAGUUUUUUUUAUGCCAUACUGCAGAAUAUUACAGGCAAAACAAACAUUUACAUAGUGAAACUUUAAAUGAACAGAACAUAUCUAGGCCUGCAUUUUUUGCUGUGAGACUGCUCAAUUGGUAGAAUCUGCAUCAUUUAUGGAGUCUCAGGCAAUUUACAGAAUAGCUUUCCCUGCGGUAUUUCCUGUCACUUGAGUUAUUCUCACAGAAAGAACUUUAUACAAACAGCUUAGUUUAGCAGAAAACCACUUGCGCUCUUGGAUUCUCACUCCUCAUGAUAAGUCAAAGCUGCUUGGACCUAAUGACUUCUCAAAAACCUCUGUGUAUAAAGAAAAUCAUUAUUUAUGAAUUACUCUGUUAUGUCAUGUAGUUUUUGAUCAAAAUGUUUCUAUAUGGAUAAAUUAUAAACCAGAAUAGUGUCCCUUGCUUUUUAUGGUGGUUGUAGUAGCGUUAAGUUCUUGUUUUGACAUGUUGAUGUGAAGAAGAGGAAUUCACUGGAGGAGAUCAUGCCAAAAUAACAACUCACUACCUGCUGCUUAAAAUGACACUAACUUUGCAACAGUUUUAAUGCAACCAGAGAGUGCCACUUAUAUGUACUUAAAUCUAUGUUCUGAAUUUACAGUUUUAUAGUCCAAACUUUGAAUAAUCGUGGACACUGUAUAUAAUGUAAAGAGAAAUGGGUUGUGAAUCUUGUAAAAUUUUUAAGGCUGAGCAGAUAUAAGGAUUCAUGACAGAUGUUGUCUCUAAAAGGGACUCCUAAUCAGAAAAUACAGUUGUACAAGUUGUAAAAAUUAUAAUAUAAAAUUAUCCAAAAUACUACAUUAAAAUGCUUUUUGUACUAUUGUAUGUAUUCAUUAGUACAAAUAUUAGUACCCCUUUCUUAUUAAGCUUUAUUUUUCAUAAUUUUGGGACUUGUUGCUUCCAUCCAAACCUAUCUAUUAUACUUAAAAUAAAAUAAAUGAUCAGUGCUUAUAGAUGUCUUAUGAAAAUAAUGUAUUUUACUUUAAGAUUUGCACAUUUAUUUUACAUUUUAUACAGUGCCCAAACUUGUUCACAAAUAGUUUUGUAUAUGGCUGUUGUGAAGAGCAUAUAAACAUAAUGAGAAUGGCAUUGCAGUCGUUGUAAUGUGGAGAUUUUAAAUGUGUACAUGUAAACCUUUUAUAUUUGUAAUGCAUAUUCACUGUAGCUUAUUGUAAAGUGUAAAUAGCAGGGACAUAUUUUAGUUUGGCAAUAAAUAAUUGUAGAUGUUUUUA